CCAACAAAUGAAAAUUAAUAGAGGGGGAACAACUUGCUCCCUCCUCCCUCCUCAUGUCCUCCCUAGUUGCAAAUUCUUCCAUUGACAUAAUUCUCUUCUAAUUAUAGUGUUCCAUUUCUUCCAUUGUUUUCGCCUGCACCAGAAGAACCAAAAUCCCCCUGCAAACCCCAGGAAACGACAAGGAACAAAAGAAGAAAAAAAAGCAUAACGGAUUUAUGUCUCCUAUGCUCCAAGCCACUCAUUUAUUUGAUCUUGCUGGUUCAGCCAUUCGAGUUUCCUGAUUCGGACACUUUAAAGUCUGGACCUUUCUGUCGUUUUGCUUAUUGGGUUUAUGCUCAUUUUGAUCAUUUCCAAUUGAAAAGGGUAAAAAAGAAAGGAAGAAGAAGAACAACAACAAAUAACAGGUCGUUAAGGUGUAUUGUUUAUGUGCAUUGAAGGGACGGCCUACAUUUUGUCUCUUGGUGUUACUUUUGUUUUCGUUGGAUGUCGAAAGGUGGAAAGAGACUUCAAAGGUUUUCGCUUUUGUGGGAGAUUAAUGGAGGGUUUCGGGGUAUGAAAUGGUGAUUGAUGGUGAUGAGUCAAGUGUUCUUAUAAUUUGAAUAAGAAGGGGAGGAAAAUGGCUACUUUGCAAGCAGAAAAAUCACAAGAGCACGGGCGGAAGGAGGACUGGUCGCCUUCCCCUUAUGUGGUUUUGCAGAACGUCUCGGAGGAGGCAAUUAGAGUUGCUGGCAACAAACAUCAAAGUGUGUACCCCGGUGGCGGCAAGGCUCAUGCCGAGGCUCCAACUCCGACUUCCCUGCCGCAUUCACACCACCAGCGGAGUCAGAGUGAAGUUUUGACUAGUGAUGCUAAAGGGAACAACAGUUUUCAGAAAUUUAAAGUUCAUAUGCAAAAAGCGUUGCUAUGGGGUGGUAAUUCAAGUGAGCAAGACUUAUUAGUCCCUACCUUCAAUCCAGAGGUUUUGGCUGACCAGAAACGACAAUGGUAUCAACUUCAUUCCAAAUCUACGGUAGAUCUUGCAAGUUACAAGGAGCCUAGCUCACUAUUUGAGCACUUCAUUGUCACGGGCCUCAAACCUGAUACUAAUCUCCAAGCUGUGGAGGAAGCAUUUGCCAAGAGGAAGAAGUGGGAAUCUCUACAAAGACGAUCAGGAGCAAGGGAUAUUAAGGCAGUACAGAAUCGAGCACCUCAGUUUCCAAAAAUGGAACCUCAGCUACUCUUUAAAUAUCCUCCUGGAAAAAGAUUACCUAUGCAUGUGAAAGAUUUGGGUGCUUUUUGUUUCCCAACUGGUGUUAAGCCAAGGCUAUUGGAGAGGACACCCUCGCUUAGUGAGCUAAAUGAACUUGUCUAUGGACAGGGUCAAUUGGGAAGAGAUGAUUCAUCAUUUGUAUUUUCUCUAAAGGUAGCUGACAGUGACACGCUAUAUGGUGUGUGCUUGCACACAACAGAGUUUGUGCAGAGGCCACUUGGUAUCUUAGGCUUCUCAUCGCCUCUUUCUUCAUCUAGACACUGCGGCCGUUUUUUGGUGUCUGCACCUCGUUGUUACUGUCUGUUAACCAAAGUGCCUUUCUUUGAGCUACACUAUGAGAUGCUUAACAGCAUCAUAGCACAGGAGCGUCUGAAUAGGAUAACACAAUUUCUCAAUGAAAUAUCCUUCAAUAGUUGUGUCCCAUCAUUCACUAGACAAUCUUCUCAAAUUAAUGGGGGCAUUACUUACCAGGAGCAGGUGGAUGACAUGGACUGGAUGUCAUUCGCCAUACCAGUUGAAAGUGCUCUGGCCCUUACUGCUGCAGCUGCAGGACUUGCAUUAGAUGAUGAUAAUUCGUCACAAAGAACAUCAGAAGAACCUCAUUCCCCCGAGAGUGUAGCUGCUAGUGAGGCUUCUGAUUUCAGUCAAACAAGGGAGAGUGAAAAGGAUGAUGGCAACAAAAAUCUCAACAAUUCAUUUGAUGAUGGUUGUUCGGAGUCCUCAGAAGCCCGCUCAGAUGCUUAUGAGCGAGUAAUAUAUGGAAGCUAUGAUAAUGAUCAUGCUUCUCCAGAUGUUUUGAUGCCGUUUUCCUGCUCAAGAAGCCCCGAGAUGGAGCGUAAUUUAAGUUUUGAUGCCCUUUUCAGUCCAGUAAGAAGCAUGACGUAUGAGGAUGAUGAAGAUGAACAUUUUGCCAAUCAGCGCAAAGAAUUUGAGAAUGAUCUAAUUGUGGACUGGGCAAAGGAGAACAAAAAUGAUUUGUUGCUGAUCAUUUGUAGGUACCAUGCUAUGGAUGUUCCCAAACGCGGAGGCAAAAUUGUUUUUCAACCUACUGACCAUUUACCUGCUGUUGAAUAUAACCGACCUCAUGUAUCGGAGCUUGCCUUUUCUAGAAAUUUUGAAGAUGCAGUUAAUGUUGUUGGGGGAAAUGUCAAUGCAAAAUUAGCUGUCACGGAGGAAGCUUUUGCACUAUCAGUAUGGACAACUGCAACUCUUUGCCGUGUUUUGUCGCUAGAGAGUAUCUUGGCUCUGUUUGCAGGAGUUUUGCUUGAAAAACAGAUAGUGGUAAUGUCCCCAAACCUGGGCGUUCUAUCUGCUGUUGUGUUAUCUCUGGUACCAUUGAUUCGUCCAUUUCAAUGGCAAAGUUUAUUCCUUCCGGUUCUGCCAGAUAAGAUGUUUGAUUUUCUUGAUGCUCCAGUUCCUUUUAUUGCGGGUAUACAAGUUCAACCUACUGAAGUGAGGAUCAAAUCCUCUAACCUCAUCAUCGUUAAUGUGGUCAAUGACCAGGUGAAAUCAUGUCAACUGCCUUCACUUCCUAGACACAGAGAGCUCUUCUCUGAACUUCGACCAAUUCAUGCUAAAUUGUCGCAUAAAAGUGGCACAGGAAACAAAAAUCCCGUGUACAAGUGCAAUGAAGUGCAGGGCAACGCAGCAAACAACUUCUUGAGAGUCAUGAGGCGCUACUUGGAGUCGCUUUGUGCAGACUUGAGAUCACAUUCCAUAACUAGCGUGCAGUCUAAUUAUGACAGGGUUUGUGUACUUCUUAAGGAUAGCUUUAUCGAUUCCUUCCCUACCAAGGAACGACCAUUCGUUAAGCUUCUUGUAGACACACAGUUAUUUGCUUCUCUAUCAGAUAGCCGUCUGUCAACAUUUGAGAGUGGUAGGUUCUAAGUUUUAUCGUUCCUUAACGACUCGAACGCAAGCACAGGAGAGCCACUUACCACACCAACAACAAUUUCUGGGAAUCCUUCAUCAGUUGACAAUCUACGCGCGCCGGCAGAAGCACUGAAGAUGGUUGAGGAGGAAAUUUUUGUAACGUAUACCAUUGUAGCAGUAACUCCAGAUAUGCCAGGUACAUAAACUAGCUAUCAAGUGAAAGAAUGAACAUGAAGAUAUGCAGUAUGUUGUACUGUGAUAAAUGAUCUGUCUGUAAAUAUUUGUUUACAAGGAGGUUUUUUUUUAUCCUUCUAUUUAUCUGUAAUUUUGAUAUCCUACUCACAGAGGUGGAUCUCAAAAUAGAGAUGAGAGUUAGAUUGUGAUAUGGACUUUUGUACACUCAGCUAGCCUUAUAUUGGAUAGUUAGUUAACCAAAGGAUUGUGGAAAUGG